AUGGGUGCCCUCUUAUCUCUGCCUCUGCUGGCUCUUCCCAGCGCCAGCACGCUCAUCACCCUCGCGACAUCGUGCUGCGGCGCAGCGACCUGCUCGGCAGUAUGUAGUGCAUGCGGGAAGUUUCAGAACAGUAUGGCUACGAGAAUCGCCUAUGCCUUCAUCCUCUUGUUCAAUUCGAUCAUCUCCUGGAUAAUGCUCACGCCAUGGGCGCUCAAAAAGUUACAACACAUGACGUUAGAUUAUAUGGAAAUCAGAUGCGAUGGGAAAGAAUGCUAUGGUUGGGUGGCCGUUCAUCGAAUCAAUUUUGGUCUUGGGCUCUUCCAUUUGAUCCUCGCCUUCAUGCUGCUUGGAGUCAGGUCCUCCAAAGAUGGCCGUGCGGUCCUUCAGAAUGGGUUCUGGGGUCCCAAGAUCAUCUUGUGGCUUGCGCUCGUUGUGGCAUCAUUCUUCAUCCCCGAGUCGUUUUUCUUCGUCUACGGUCACUAUAUCGCCUUUAUCUGCGCCAUGCUGUUCCUCCUGCUGGGUCUAAUUCUCCUGGUAGAUCUGGCGCAUUCAUGGGCGGAAUUGUGCCUGCAGAAGAUUGAAGAUAGUGAUUCACGCACGUGGCGUGGCCUUCUGAUCGGCUCUACUGUGGGCAUGUACGUUGCAUCUCUCGUCAUGACGGUCUUGAUGUAUGUCUUUUUUGCCCACAGCGGAUGCGCCAUGAACCAGGCUGCGAUUACUAUUAAUCUUGUUGUCUUCCUUAUUAUUUCGAUCAUCUCGGUGCAGCCCAUGGUGCAGGAAUCCAACCCCAGAGCAGGAUUGGCCCAGGCCGCCAUGGUUACAGUUUAUUGCACCUAUCUCACCAUGUCCGCGGUGUCCAUGGAGCCAGAUGACCGUCACUGUAACCCUCUGAUUCGUGCGCGAGGCACCAGAACGGCUAGUAUCGUUUUGGGCGCGAUUGUCACCAUGGCUACCAUCGCGUAUACGACCACCCGCGCGGCCACCCAGGGCAUUGCGCUAGGCUCCCAAGGGGGGCACAACUACUCGCAGCUGGGAUCGGAUGACAACGAGCAUGGUCUUGUGACCCAGCAGCCAACCACUCGCCGCGAGAUGCGGGCCGAGGCUCUUCGGGCGGCUGUUGAGAGUGGCGCUUUGCCCGCCAGUGCGCUGGAUGACAGCGACGACGAAUCCGACGAGUAUGACACCAAGGACGACGAAAAGGGAUCGACGCAGUAUAAUUACUCUUUGUUCCAUAUCAUCUUCUUCCUGGCGACCACCUGGGUCGCUACCUUGCUGACCCAGAACUUGGACCCGGAGGCCGUCGACGACUUUGCGCCCGUUGGCCGCACCUACUGGGCUAGCUGGGUGAAGAUCAUCAGUGCCUGGGUGUGCUAUGGAAUUUACCUGUGGACCCUGAUCGCACCGGUGGUUCUGCCGGACCGCUUUGACACCUACUGA